CAUUGAGAUGUCGUCGUCCUCAGAGGCUCAGAGAGCCAUCAAGGGUCUGAAAGACAAACCGGUCCGUGUGAACGGCAGCAGAAUCUACGCCAUGAUCUCCAGCAACUACACCAGACUCAGCAAGGGGUGGACGGUGGGGUCGCUGUUGGACUCUGAAGAGGAGAAUAAGAGCAGGAGUCAGGGCAGCAGGAGGAGCGAGAGACUCAAAAAACCUGCAGACAGGGACGAGCCCAGCAGGAAGUCUGAGGGGAGGAAACAGUCCUCCAAAAAGACUCCAGAGAGAGAGUCAUCGUCCAGAAAGAGUGAAGAAAAGGAGUCCAGAACAACAAGAAAGAGGUCUUCAGAAAAAGAGUCUGCAUCCAAACAGAAUCCAGAAAAGGUCUCCAGAACGAGUCCAGAGAAAGAGGCGAAAGAAAAAGAGUCGGCAUCCAAACAUUCUGCGAAGGAGUCACAUGAUAAAAAGAGUGAAGAAAAUGAGUCGGCGUCCAAAACAGACAAGAAAAGGGUUGAUAAAAAGUCUUCUUCAGAAACGGACAGGUCUGAAAAAAAUUAUCCUGAAAAGACGUCAGAAAAAAGUUCCAGGAGGACUCCAGAGAGAGAGUCAUCGUCAAGAAAGAGUGACGAAAAGGAGUCAAAAACAUCUAAAAGGAAGUCCUCAGAAAAAGAGUCUAAGCCCAGAAAAUCUUUGGAGGAGUCCUCAGACAAGCCGACUGAUGAAAAGAGUUCAGAGAGGGAGUCAAAGAUUGAAGAAAGCGGGUCAGAAAGAAGCUCGAAAAGGACUCCAGAGACGGAGUCCAAAGAGAAGAAAUCCACUGAUUCAGACUCUAUUCAGACUCCAGAAAAAGACUCGGGAUCUGAAAUGAGUCAGAACAAGACCAUGAAGAGAAAGGGAGCUCGGGAGAACGACUCGGUGCCUGAGAAGAAAGGCAAGAAGAACGAAUCGGAGGGCGAGUCAGAACCUGCUGAAGCUCCAGAGGGAGAAGAGCUGGAGAUCCAGGAGACACCUGAACCAGGACUAAAGGAGUCUGGGAGUCCACAUCCACCAGGCUCAACUGGAAAUCCUGCAAAACUGAAAUGUGAACAGGUACAGCUGAAAACCUGCAGCAGGGCUACACGUCUGUGUUCAAACACAGGGCAUGAAUCUGAACAGGUUGUAGAAUUGUUUGGUUUGGUUGAUAGCACAUUGUAAAUGAUACCAUCUGUUAUUUUAAUCCUUUAUACUAUUGAAAAGUAAUGAAGCAUCACAAGUAUCUUCAGUCACAUUUGAACCAAUAGCUGCCGUGAGAGAAAGAGAGCACCUAAAUUCCACAAAGCCAAUGUUUUUGUGGAAUUCAGUCAGAGUGCAGGAGUUAAAAAAUACCCAAUAUUGGGCAUCUGGGACUUGUUUUUGUUGCCAUGGUUUCAAAGCUCUUUAUUGUUCAAUUUUCACUUGAAUCAUUUACGUUAAAAAUUCUGGUAUCAGAGGAAACCUAUUUCUAGCAGAGUUGAGACUGAAGUCCAGACCUUCAUGAUCAGUUAUUGGAGAGAGAGGAGUUUACAUGUGAGUCAGACACACACAUUAGCACACAUUGCUUUUGAACAAAACUUUAGUAAACACUAACUAGCACGACAGAGAUGAAAAUGAGUUCAAAUAAACACACACUUAAGUGUUUGUGCUU